AUGUCGGCCCUGCCAUUAAAUCCUAAACCCUUUCUGAAUGGCCUUGUAGGCAAGCCCGUGCUGGUGAAAUUAAAGUGGGGCAUGGAGUACAAAGGUUACCUGGUCUCUGUUGAUGGGUACAUGAAUCUACAGUUGGCCAACACUGAAGAGUACAUGGAUGGUGCCUUAUCGGGGAAUUUGGGAGAAGUUCUAAUCAGAUGCAACAACGUCCUGUACAUCCGUGGCGUCGAAGACAUCGACGAAGAAGGAGAAAUGAGAGAAUAA